GGCGACGACGACGACGACGACGGCGCGAGCGUCGAGCGCGCGGCGCAGAUCGCGCUCGCGAUCCCGGUGAGCGUGUCGAUGACGAUGAACACGCUGAGAGAUUUAGUGACGCUCGUCUUCGUCGGACGAGCGCGCGCGACGGUCGAGCUCGCGGGCGCCGCGCUCGCGAUGACGACGAUAAACAUCGCGUGUAAAUCGGUGCUGGUGGGACUGGCGAGCGCGGUGAACACGCUGGCCGGUACGGCGUACGGAUUAGGGGCGUACGAGCGCGUGGGAGAGACGACGCAACGCGCGCUCUUGGUGACGACGACGUACGCGGCGUUGACGUGCGCGGUGUUCGCGACGAGGGGUGAGGAAUUUUUAGCGGCGACGGGGCAAGACGCGGGCGUGAGUCGCGAGGCGGGACGAUUUUUGCGAGCGGCGACGCCGGGGGUGUUGUGCUACGCGUGGACGCAGUGCACGAUGACGUACUUGCAUUCGCAGGGAAUCACGCGGCCGCAGGCGUUGGGCGGCGUGCUCGCGGCGAUCGCGCAUCCGAUUUUGUGCUAUUACUUCGUGUGGCGAUGGGAGAUCGGGGUCAUCGGCGCGGCGUUGGCGUGGAGCGCGUCGUCGGCGGUUUGUUUGGCUACGCAGGUGGCGUACGCGACGGUCUGGCGAAGAAUGUUUCGCGAACGCGACGAGGCGUUGGCGCUCAAGCGCGAUAUGUGCUGGCCAGGAUGGCAACUGCGACGCGCGAUCUCGACGGAGGGAUUGCGGGAAUACUUCGCGCUCGCGUUGCCGGGCGUUGCUAUGAAGAUGGAGUGGUGGGCCAGCGAGAUGACGGUAGUAAUGGCGGGAUACUUGCCGAAUCCCGAGAUUGCGCUCUCAGCGCUGUCUAUUUACGGCAGUACGAAUGCGUUCGUGUUCGACGCGUCGAUCGGGCUCGGCGUGGCGUCGUUGACGCGCGUAACGCACGAGCUCGGCGCCGGCAACGCUAAGAGGGCGCGGCGCGCCGUCGCCGUCUCGUUCCAACUCAUCGCCUGCGUUGGCGUCAUCGCGAGCGUGGGCAUCAUCGUCGCGAGGAAAGAUUGGGCAAACUUGUUCACCUCGCGUGAAGAGGUGCGCGAGCUCGUGUCCGAGCUCAUGAUUGCGCUUGCGGCGUACGCGCUGUUUGAUUGCGCAGGCGCCGUGCAAGCGGGCGUGAUGCGAGCGUGCGGUAAGCAAUCGCUCGCCGCAAAAAUCGUCGUCGUCGCGUACUGGAUCAUAGGUAUUCCACUAUCGCUCGCAUUAGCCUUCGGUGCGCACAUGGGCGCCCUCGGUCUCGUUCUCGGCGGUUUAGUCGCCACGGUGGUCCACACCGGCGCGCUCGGCUUCGUCAUCGCGCGCCGUCUCGAUUGGGACGCCGAAGUCGUCUCUGCGCGCGAUCGUCACGCGCUUUCGACGUCUCACGCCGCCGAAGCGGGCUACGUUCCGCGGUCUUCGAGCUUCGCGCUGUUAGAAUCCGCGAGGGCGAAUGAUUUAACCCGUCAAUACGGCGCCGCGGUGUGAGCGCCUCUAGCUGUAGUCACUAGUCUCCUGUAUUGCUGAUUUUCGAGUUGUUCACGCUGCACAACGCGCCAUGCGUCGCGAUGCC